AUGACAACCUUCGCUAUCCCGGAGAGGAACUUUCGCCUUCCUCGACAUCAUCUUGACGUCAUACCGCAGAGGUCAAAUCCUACCAGAUGACGUCACGGGCGUUGGGCAAUAGCUCUCUUUUCAUAUGCAAAUUCGAAAUAUUCCAUCUCGGUCAAGUCUGAUAUUAUACAGUUAAUAUCAGAAGGAAAAAACACAAAACAAAGAAAAAAACUUGAAGGGACUGGCUAUUGCAUUUCAGGUGCUUGUGUUCACUAAUGUGAUGACAUCAUGUAGCGCUUUUAAAACUCAAUAACAGCACUUUUCUGUGGCGAGCCGCCGUCAGCAGUUUUCAUUUAGUCCUUUCACAUCCCGUUUUAUUUUGGCGGGUUGCAUUUUGCAGUUCACUUCAGUCAACUUUGUCUUUCCCUCACCUGUUUGCCAUUAGCCUUAUAGUCCUCUAAUUAGUAGUCCCUUGCCAGUGCGUUUUCAGUGUUUGGAAAUCAGUAGGACAAGACGCCAUGCACCACCUUCCUUGAAGCUAAGUUAUUGCCUGUUUUUGUUGAACUUGAAAUCCUCUUUCCACAUUUCCUUUUUGAAUUAAACGUGUAUUGGACAGUGCCAUUCGCUUAUCUCGUGCGUUUGCCCCCAUUGUGACAUGUUCCAAGAAAACGCAUCUUUGUCAUGAUUCCAUCCAAAACCUUCAUUACAAAAGUGCAAUUUUGCACCAAACAAGAAUGAGUCACCAUGCAUAUCCAGUCUUCACUCCGAUUUAGAGGACAAAGCGCGAAUGGAGACCGCUGGAGGAGCGAAGCUGUACUGACCUGCCCUGGUUCCUGCUCUUCCUCAUCUUCUGCGUCGGCAUGGGUAGCGUGUGCGCCUUCACGGUGGCGUCGGGGGGCGCGGCCCGCCUGCUCUCGGGUUACGACAGCUUCGGCAACACGUGCGGGCGCCGCAACCCGCCGUUGGACGGCGUCCGCCUCAGCGGCCUGGAUCACACCGACAGGAAGUUCGUCUUCUACUUGGACCCUUGCGACGUGGACAUCGUUCAGAGGAAGAUCAAGUCGGUGGCGCUCUGCGUGGCCCUCUGCCCCCCGCGAGCCCUCCGCACCUUUCAAGACCUCCAGAACUUCGCCGAGAUCAAUGGUUCCGAGUUGUGUUCGUACGAGUUAGCGGCUCACAAGUACGCCAGCGCCCCCGAGAGUUCGGCCAAGUGUCCCAAACUUCCCGUCCCGCCCAGCAAGCCUUUGCCGCUGUUCAAUCGCUGCGCUCCCACGGACGUGUCCUGUUACUCCAAGUUCGCCGAGGCGGUGGCCACCUUCGUCGGAGACCGCUCCCUCUUGCGCCGAGCGGUCGCCGGCGUGGCGGCCAGCAAGGAGAUCGUCGCGGGACUUUGCGUCCUGGCGCUCGCGCUGUCCAUGUUGCUGACGGUGAUCAUUCGCUACAUCUCCACCAUCCUGGUGUGGAUCCUUACCUCCUUGGCGGUGCUUGGCUCCCUGGCGGGUACCGGCGUUCUCUGGUGGCUCUACGUGGACCGCCGUCUCCACGGAAACCUGACCCGGGCGGCCCCGGAGGACCCGGCGGGCGGGCGCGCCCCCCUGGUCUACGCCGCAUCCGCGUCCGUUUUCACGGCCGUGCUGCUGCUGCUGAUGCUGUUCAUGAGGAAACGCGUGGCGCUGGCCAUCGCUCUCUUCCACGUGGCCGGCAAAGUUUUCGUCCACUUGCCGCUGCUGACGCUGCAGCCGUUCGUCACCUUCCUGGUGCUGCUCCUCUUCUGGAUCUACUGGGUCCUGGUCCUGCUCUUCCUGGGAACCAGCGGGGAGGCGGUGCCGAACGAGGAGGAGGGGCUGACCGAGUUCCGUCUGAGCGGCCGCCUGGAGUACCUGACGUGGUUCCACGGCGUGGGCCUGCUCUGGAUCACCGAGUUCAUCCUGGCCUGCCAGCAGAUGACCGUGGCGGGCGCCGUGGUCACCUACUACUUCACCAGGGACAAAAGGCAACUUCCGGCGUGGCCCGUCGUGCGCUCGGCCUUGCGGCUGCUCAGGUAUCACGUGGGCACGGUGGCCAAAGGCUCCUUCAUCAUCACGCUGGUCAAGAUUCCCAGACUCCUCCUCAUCUACGUGCACAAGCAGCUGAAAGGAAAGGAGAACGCGUGCGCUCGCUGCGCGCUCAAGUCGUGCAUCUGCUGCCUGUGGUGUUUAGAGAAGUGCCUGAAUUAUCUCAACCAGAACGCGUACGCCGCCACGGCCAUCAACGGCACCGGCUUCUGCGCGUCGGCGCGCGACGCCUUCGUCCUGCUGGUGGAGAACGCCUUGCGAGUGGCCACCGUCAACGCCGUGGGAGACUUUGUGCUCUUCCUGGGGAAGAUCCUGAUCGUCGCCAGCACCGCCUUCGCCGGCGUGCUGCUGCUGAACGCGCGCGGAGAUUACGCCGAGUGGCUGCCGCCGCUGCUGCUGGUGUGUCUGUUCGCCUUCCUGGUGGCGCACUGCUUCCUGUCCGUCUUCGAGAUGGUGGUGGACGUGCUCUUCCUCUGCUUCGCCGUCGACACCAAGUACAACGACGGCACGCCGGGAAAAGAGUUCUUCAUGGACAAAGCUCUGAUGGAGCUAGCGGAGCGCAGCAGGCGCUCGGAGCGGGCGGGCGGCCGAGGGCGGACCCGCGCGGAGGAGGCGCCGUCGGAGGGCGCCCGGACCAAAGCCAUGGUGAGUGGAGGAGGAGGCGGUGCCUGGGCGGGCGCCGAAUGGGAGGAGUUCCAGGUCUACUACCUUCUGACGGGCGUCGUCCUGGACUGCGCGCUGACUCCGCGCCCCGACUCGCUCUUGUGCCUCAGCCACGACGUCUUCCUCUUCUUUGUCGUCUACCUGCCCGCAUCGGGCCUCUUUCUCCUCCUGUGCCCGCCGACGGGCGAGGCCGAGCCGGCGGGCUGACGCCGAGUAUCCGUACCGCCGACAAACGGCAUCGUCCGUUUGCGUUUAAAAAUUUUUUUUUUUUUUUUUUUUUAGUGCGUUUCCCGUCCCAUUUUAUUUCAUUAAUUUUUUUGGGCAAAGUGGGAGGGAGCGGUAACAUCGAAGUCCGGCGA